GAAACUAAACAAGGUCUGAGAGUGUUUGGGCCAGUUUGACAAGUUGACACUUGCAAAUUCAUGAUUUUUGUUCUUUUUUCUUUAACGUGGUGACAGGAGUUUUGUCUUUCGAUUAAGAAAAAAAUAUAAUGUUUUUGUUCACUUCUCGUGUAAUUUUUCAUUGUUUUCUGUACCAGGUUGUCACAUCUAUAGCUACUCCACGUGACUUUGUGCAUUGACCAUGUGGCACUAGCGUGGCGCGGGCCUCUCGCUUCUCCGGCGGCAGGUCGUCGCCUUCCCCACCGGAUCUCUUUGCCCGCACCGCCGUGUUCCAAAUCAUCACUCUAUCGCUGAUGCGUUUCGGCGUUUCCAUCCACCCAUCACUCUGUCGCUUCUGCCUUCUUCUACCGCGAUCACCUGUGAGAGGCACCGCCUAUGGCAACCCCGACCGUCGUCUUGCUGCCGGUCUGGGGCGCCGGCCAUCUCAUGCCCAUGGUAGAAGCCGGCAAGCGGCUGCUCGCUAGCGGCAGUAGGCGGGCGCUCUCGGUCACGGUGCUCGUCAUGCGGCCGCCGACGGAGCAGCACGCGUCCGAGCUCGAGGGCGACAUACGCCGGGCGGAGGAGGCCGCCGCCGGCCUCGACGUCCGCUUCCACCGCCUGCCCGCCGUCAAGCCGCCGACGGACCACGCUGGCCCCGUCGAGUUCAUCUCCCGAGUCGUGCAGCUGCACGCGCCCCACGUCAGGGCGGCCGUCUCGAGCCUGUCAUGCCCGGUGGCCGCGCUCGUCCUCGACCUGUUCUGCACCCCGUUCGUCGACGUGGCCCGCGAGCUCGCCGUGCCGGCGUAUGUGUACUUCACCUGCAACGCCGCGGCGCUCUCCUUCUUCCUGCGCCUGCCGGCGCUGUGCGAGGAGGUGGCCGGCGAGUUCGGGGAGAUGGACGGCGCGGCGGACAUCCCCGGGCUGCCCCCGGUGCCCGCACUCUCGCUCCCGACGCCAAUCAUGGAAAGGAAGAAGCCUGAUUGCGCGUGGUACGCGUGCCACGGCAGGCGCUUCAUGGACGCCGACGGCAUCAUCGUCAACACAGCCGCCGAGCUCGAGCAGGGCGUCCUCUCCGCCAUCGCCAAGGGCCGGUGCACGCGCGGGACCGGGAGCCGGCCUGCUCCGACGCUGUACCCGAUCGGCCCGGUGAUCUCGUUCCCCCCGCCGGCCGCAGAGCCGCCGCACGAGUGCCUACGGUGGCUGGAGUCCCAGCCUCCGGCGUCCGUGGUCUUCCUCUGCUUCGGGAGCGGAGGGUUCUUCACCGCGCCGCGGGCGCACGAGGCCGCCCACGGCCUGGAGCGCAGCGGGCACCGGUUCCUCUGGGUGCUGCGCGGCGCACCGGCGCCCGACACGAGGAGCCCCACGGACGCGGACCUGGCGGAGCUGCUCCCGGAGGGCUUCGUCGAGCGGACGAGGAACAGGGGGCUCGUGUGGCCGACGGCAGUGCCGCAGAAGGAGAUCCUCGCGCACGCGGCCGUGGGCGGCUUCGUGACGCACUGCGGGUGGAACUCAGUCCUGGAGAGCCUGUGGUUCGGCGUGCCCAUGGCGCCGUGGCCGCUGUACGCCGAGCAGCACCUGAACGCGUUCGCGCUGGUGGCCGCCAUGGGCGUCGCCGUGGCGAUGGAGGUGGACAGGAAGAGGGACAACUUCGUGGAGGCGGCGGAGCUGGAGCGGGCUGUGAAGGCGCUGAUGGGUGACGGCGAGGAGGGGAGGAAGGCGAGGGAGAAGGCCGCGGUGGUGCAGGCGGCGUGCCGGAAUGCCGUCGACGAUGGCGGGUCGUCGACCGCUACGCUGUCAAAGCUCUGCAACGAUAUCUGUCGACAGUGACUGUGGAGCUCAUACACCCUUGACGCUCUCCCUUUCCUUGCAUCUCCUCACCCAACGCAUCAAGCCCGGGCACUCCACGUCAAGAUCAAAUCCUCCAUGCUGUUCGUACCCGUGGAACAUGCUCGAGAACGGGAUGAGGACGGCAUCGAGGAACCCGAACCCGUCGCCGGCAACGAAGGUCUUGUCCGCUAGCACCUCCUCCAGGUGCGUGGAUUUUUUUUUUUUGAAACUCGGUACCUCUCCUCAUUACUCAUCGGCUAACAAAUCGUUAGCGAUAAUAACAGAUAUAUUUUCAGGCAAAAGUUGGUGAUCACCUCUUCAUCCUCAUUACACACAUAACCCAGCGCAGUCAACUCAUGAGCAGCCCUAUUACAUUAUGUAAACACACUCCCAACAAAUGAAAUUUGAAACCAAUAAGGAUUUGAUCUCGUCAACUAAAUGACCAACAACUGAUGCAUCAUAGGUACAGGACUUGAUAGCCUUCACCACCUCCUGGGCAUCAGUCUUGACAAUGAUCCGGCUAAUGCCUAAGUCCACCGCCAAUUGGAUCGCUUGCAAGCAAGCUAUAGUUUCAGCGUGGAGAGCACUGAGAUGGUUAUUAACUCUAUCUUUUUUUUGUGACCACCAAAUCACCAUCACAAUCUGAACACCCCAACUAUCCGUCUUGGAUAAACUCAAAAAAAAAAAAAAAACUAUCCGUCUUGGAUUCAGAUCGGAAUGAGGCAUCACAAUUGAGCUUCUCUUGAAUAUAAUGUGGGCUUUUAGCCCAUAUUCUAUUUGAUGAUUAAUUCAACAACUCAUAAUAAAUGCUAUAAUAAAAACGGUUUAAUACCGUAUUAAUUGUUGAUCAUGUGUUAAUUCAACUUAAAUAAGUGGGCUCUGAUAGCUCCUAUGGAGAAGUUGAGGAAGGGAAAGGGGGUGCCACACGCACGCGCCGCUGCCACCGAGCCGUGGCGAGGCGAGCAUACGCGACACAUUUUCCUUCUGCGAGAAACAACACAAUCCUCCUCUAGUCGAAUUACUCUCUGUUCAUCCCCGUCCCGAACCUCUACGCGCACAGAGAUAUUCCACGACUGCUCGCUAUCUGGAAUCGCCUGGUGGGAAUUACUCUCUGUUCAUCCCCGUCUCGAACCUCUACGCGCACAGAGAUAUUCCACGACUGCUCGCUAUCUGGAAUCGCCUGGUGGCGUAGAUCGACUACUUCCUUCCUGGUGGCGCGGAGAUCGGCGGCUUCUUCCUGGUGGAGAUCGGCUACUUUGUCUUCUUCCUGGAGGAUGUUGAUCAUCUACCUGCAUCGACUAUGCUCUGCUACUUCAAGCAACACACUACGUCGACUAGUGUGAAUGGAGCCGCCGGUGCCUUCGGCACUGGUCCCUCC